AUGGAGGCCAGAGAGGAAUUCGAAGUGGACCAUCUCACCGCACCCAUAGGGACCAGUUUCUCUCAGUUACUAUUCGGAGAUGACGAUGACGAUCAUCAUCAUCAUCAUGCAACUGCAUUGCCUCUCGCUCAGGACCAUUACUCUUACAGUCACAACCACCUUUUCUCCUUUCACAAGCCUCCCAAAAUGCUAUGUUUUGGAGACCAUCAAAACCAAGCCGACCUUUUGCUUCCUCAAACCAACGUCACCCCUCAGAAAUCCGUCAUCACUUCCAGUGACUCCUCUUCUGCUUCCUCCUCCAACUACACCAACUCCGCCUUCAAUUCCUUACCCAAGUCUAAUAGUUUGCAGAAAAAGCGGAAUGGGUUGGGACAAGAAGCAGUGACAAAGGUAGGUGUUGGAGGCCAGAGACAAACUAAGAAGAACAAAGCAGAGAACCCCACCUCAACCGGACAUGCAAAGCAGAGGAAGGAGAAGCUUGGGGAACGAAUUGCAGCGUUACAACAGCUUGUUUCUCCCUUCGGCAAGACAGAUACAGCAUCAGUGCUUCACGAAGCCAUGGGUUACAUAAGAUUUCUUCAUGACCAAGUUCAUGUCCUGUGCUCUCCUUACUUGCAAAGUUUACCUUCCUCACCCCACCAACAUCAGCACGUCCCGCUUGAUGGGGACAACAUACUGCACAUUACCUUACUUGAAAAUGCUGAGCCUGGUUUGUGGUCACUGAGCACAGGGGACGGAGAAAACAAUGAAGAGGAAGUCAGCAAGGACUUGAGAAGUAGGGGUCUGUGCUUGAUCCCUGUGGGAUGCACCGGACACGUGGGCAGCAGCAAUGGUGCUGAUUUUUGGUCACCUGGUGCAAUAGGGAACAAGGUUUCACCAUCAGCCAAGCACUUAUCUGGAGAUGGAUGGGUGAGGAGUCAUACAAAAGGCAGAAGAUUAAUUGAAUUGGUGAAAUGCAGUGAUGCUGGGACCAGAACUAUAAAUCUGGUCAAGUUCAAAUUAAAUGCACACACAUGCUUGAAAAGUGGUUUUCUUGCUGAGAUGUUUGUUGCAGUUUGCAUUAAUAACCAUUCCUACACAUUUCUCCUGCAUGACAUCAAUUUGACCAGAAAAUUUGAUCCUGAGGAGUCUGCAGCUACUAAUUCAAUUUGGAUUGGCCUUCUCUUAACCAAUUCAUUGAGUCCAAAUGCAGAUGUGAAUACAGAAUUGGCUUUAAAGAAUUGUUUUGAAUGUGAUCAUGUCAAUAUUGUCUGUGAUGGUUGA